GCAACAGUAAAAAUAAAUAUACGGGUGUACUAAAAUUUUAAACUACCCGCAUUUUUUCAAAAUGAGCGAACAAGCUACAAAUAUAGUUAUGAGUGACAAUCAACUCAUUCACUUGAUUGAAGCGAUAUCAAGAACAUCAUUGUCUUCAAGAGAAGAAAGUUUUGAACGACUAAUACAAUCUUUUUCGUCGAUAUCUACUUCAGAUACCAAUAUGCAACGUACAAGUUUUGCUAAAUGUUUGUCAAGGUUUAGUGGUGAACGAGAUUUCAAUGUGGUGGAAGAAUUUAUUAACACUAUAAGUAUCUUCAAGAAAAUUGAAAAUAUUUCGGAUGAUGAUGCCAUAGAAGGUUUGGGGUUAUUAUUAACUGGUCAAGCAUCAACUUGGUGGCAAGGAGUAAAAAUGGAGGUAAAAACUUGGAUUUCAGCAAUAAAUCUGUUAAGAGAAUCUUUCGCCCCGAAAAAGCAACCUCACGAAAUUUAUUUAGAAUUAUUUUCUACACGCCAAGGUCUCAAGGAAUCAAUUGACACAUUUCUUUGUACAAAACGUGCACUUUUGUCACAAUUACCAACACAACGACACAAGGAAGAGGAUCAAAUUGAUUUAAUUUAUGGUUUGCUAAACAUUUAUUUGAAAAAACAUAUUCCAAGGUCAGAAAUUAAAACUUUUCGGGAUCUACUUACAAAAGGACGUCAUUUUCAAAGUUUAAAAAAUAAUGAAGAGGGAGAAAAAUUAAUAACCAAAAGGUGCAAUUAUUGUAACAAGAGGGGUCACACAGAAGAUGAGUGCAGGAAAAAACAAUAUAAUGAGAAAGCAAAGAAUAUGGAGAAGCCAGGUGUUAAGUGUUAUGGUUGUGGCACCCCGGGAGUGUACAGGAGCAAUUGUUUGAACUGUAAAAGUAAGGAAACGCCACCAAAGCCGGUACAAUUUUAUUCUAUUAUUAAUAAAACUAUAGAAGAUGGCGUAAAAAUACCUAUAAUUGAAGUAACGAUUAAAAAUUCAAAUGGGUACGCUUAUUUAGACUCCGCGGCUCGUACAAGUAUCGCUGGUUCUACAUUAUACGAAUUAUUAUUAAAAGAAGGCUACACUUUCACGGACAAGGAAGCUAUAGUUAAUUUAGCUGAUGGCUCCACAAAACACACGAAGCUCAAAGUUAUAACCAUUGAAAUAAAUAUAGGUAAUCGUUGUGUUCCCAUUACAUUCUCUGCAAUGCCAGAUGAAAAGAAUACUAGAACAUUGUUGGGAAUAGAUUUUCUAGAAUCUGCAGGAAUAGUACUUAACUUACCUCAGAGGUCAUGGUAUUUCAUUGAUGCUCCAGAAACGAUUUUUCCAUUCUUACAAAUUAAAAACGUACCCGCACUCAUUAUAAAGAAUUCCCAAAAUGUAAAAAAAUUGGAUUUUACAAAUAUCAAUUUAACUUCGUGUCCCCAAUUCAUUUGCUCAACACAUGAACUAAAAACAAAAACUAAAGUGAAAUAG